AGGAUGUGGGAGAUGAAGGAGAAGAGGAAAAAGAGUUCAUUUCCUACAGUAUCAGCACUGACAUUCAUUAUGGAAUAAAAUCAAACAGCCUGGCGUUCAUUAAGCGUACACCAGUGAUUGAUGCUGACAAACCAGUGUCUUCCCAACUGAGAGUGCUCACUCUCAGUGAAGAUUCUCCAUAUGAAACUUUACUCUCUUUCAUUAGCAAUGCUGUUGCUCCCUUUUUCAAGUCCUACAUCAGAGAAUCUGGCAAAGCAGACAGGGAUGGAGAUAAGAUGGCUCCUUCAGUUGAGAAAAAGAUUGCAGAACUUGAAAUGGGCCUCUUGCAUCUGCAGCAGAAUAUUGAAAUUCCAGAGAUUAGUCUGCCAAUUCAUGCAACCAUUACUAAUGUUGCCAAGCAGUGUUAUGAACGUGGAGAAAAACCAAAGGUUACAGAUUUUGGUGAGAAGGCUGAGGAUCCGUUAUUCCUCAAUCAGCUACAGUCUGGAGUCAACCGCUGGAUUAGAGAGAUACAAAAGGUGACUAAAUUAGAUCGAGAUCCUGCAUCAGGCACUGCAUUACAGGAGAUAAGCUUCUGGUUAAAUUUGGAACGGGCCCUGUAUCGCAUCCAGGAAAAACGUGAAAGUCCAGAAGUUCUUCUGACUCUGGAUAUUCUAAAACAUGGCAAACGUUUUCAUGCAACUGUCAGCUUCGAUACAGACACAGGUCUAAAACAGGCUCUGGAAACUGUGAAUGACUAUAAUCCACUGAUGAAAGACUUCCCACUCAAUGACUUGCUGUCUGCUACUGAGCUGGACAAGAUAAGGCAGGCCCUUGUUGCAAUAUUUACCCAUUUGAGAAAAAUCAGAAACACAAAAUACCCAAUCCAAAGGGCAUUGCGUUUAGUGGAGGCUAUUUCAAGAGAUCUGAGCUCUCAGCUACUUAAAGUGUUAGGAACCAGAAAACUGAUGCAUGUUGCCUAUGAAGAAUUUGAAAAGGUAAUGGUUGCAUGCUUUGAAGUAUUCCAAACCUGGGAUGAUGAAUAUGAGAAGCUACAAGUUCUGCUGAGAGAUAUUGUGAAAAGAAAAAGGGAAGAGAACCUGAAGAUGGUGUGGCGUAUCAAUCCUGCUCAUAGGAAACUCCAAAGUCGUCUUGAUCAAAUGAGGAAAUUCAGGCGUCAGCAUGAGCAGCUGAGGGCAGUUAUUGUGAGAGUCUUGCGACCUCAGGUAACUGCUGUUGCCCAGCAAAAUCAAGGAGAGGUACCUGAACCACAGGAUAUGAAAGUAGCAGAAGUCCUUUUUGAUGCUGCAGAUGCUAAUGCAAUUGAAGAAGUCAAUCUUGCUUAUGAGAAUGUUAAGGAAGUAGAUGGGUUAGAUGUUUCCAAAGAAGGUACAGAAGCCUGGGAGGCAGCUAUGAAACGAUAUGAUGAAAGAAUUGAUAGAGUUGAAACAAGAAUAACUGCCCGUUUGAGAGACCAGCUUGGUACAGCAAAGAAUGCCAAUGAAAUGUUCAGAAUCUUCUCUCGAUUUAAUGCCUUGUUUGUCAGACCUCACAUUCGCGGUGCCAUUCGUGAAUAUCAAACACAAUUGAUCCAACGCGUAAAGGAUGAUAUUGAGUCUCUUCAUGACAAAUUUAAAGUACAAUACCCGCAGAGUCAAGCUUGUAAAAUGAGUCACGUUCGUGACUUACCUCCUGUGUCUGGGUCUAUAAUUUGGGCAAAACAGAUUGACAGACAGCUGACGGCUUACAUGAAGCGUGUUGAGGAUGUCCUUGGCAAAGGUUGGGAGAACCACGUAGAAGGUCAGAAGCUAAAGCAGGAUGGAGAUAGCUUUCGCAUGAAGCUCAACACUCAGGAGAUCUUUGAUGACUGGGCAAGAAAAGUUCAGCAACGCAAUCUUGGUGUGUCUGGUCGUAUUUUCACCAUUGAAAGCACUCGUGUUAGAGGUCGGACUGGAAAUGUCCUGAAACUGAAAGUCAACUUCCUCCCAGAAAUAAUUACGCUUUCAAAAGAAGUUCGAAACCUGAAGUGGCUUGGUUUCCGUGUUCCAUUAGCAAUUGUCAACAAAGCUCACCAAGCAAACCAGCUGUAUCCAUUUGCUAUUUCUCUCAUUGAAAGUGUCCGUACGUAUGAACGAACAUGUGAGAAAGUAGAAGAGCGUAAUACUAUCUCACUUCUGGUUGCUGGCUUGAAGAAAGAGGUGCAGGCUUUGAUUGCAGAAGGAAUUGCACUUGUGUGGGAAUCAUACAAACUUGAUCCAUAUGUACAGCGCUUAGCCGAGACAGUCUUCAGUUUCCAGGAAAAGGUGGAUGAUCUGCUCAUUAUUGAAGAGAAAAUAGACCUGGAAGUGAGAUCAUUGGAAACAUGCAUGUAUGACCACAAGACUUUCUCAGAAAUCUUGAACAGGGUUCAGAAAGCUGUGGAUGACUUAAAUCUUCAUUCAUAUUCAAAUUUGCCAAUCUGGGUCAAUAAGUUGGAUAUGGAGAUUGAAAGAAUCCUGGGUGUUCGUUUGCAAGCUGGACUGAGGGCCUGGACCCAAGUUCUUCUUGGACAAGCAGAUGACAAAGCAGAAGUUGAUAUGGAUACAGAUGCUCCUCAAGUGAGCCAUAAGCCUGGUGGUGAACCCAAGAUCAAAAACAUUGUACAUGAACUAAGAAUAACCAACCAGGUGAUAUACUUGAAUCCACCAAUUGAAGAGUGUAGGUACAAACUUUAUCAAGAAAUGUUUUCUUGGAAGAUGGUAAUCCUGUCACUACCAAGAAUUCAAAGUCAGAGAUACCAGGUCGGAGUGCAUUAUGAGCUGUCUGAGGAAGAGAAAUUCUAUCGUAAUGCAUUGACAAGGAUGCCUGAUGGUCCUGCAGCUCUGGAGGACUCAUAUUCUGCUGUCAUGGGAAUUGUGACUGAAGUGGAGCAGUAUGUCAAGGUUUGGCUGCAGUACCAGUGUCUGUGGGAUAUGCAGGCUGAAAACAUCUACAACCGUCUUGGAGAAGACCUGAAUAAGUGGCAAGCCCUUCUAGUUCAGAUAAGAAAGGCAAGAGGAACAUUUGAUAAUGCAGAAACCAGAAAGGAAUUUGGACCUGUUGUCAUAGACUAUGGCAAGGUACAAUCAAAGGUGAACUUGAAGUAUGACUCCUGGCACAAGGAAGUGCUCAGCAAAUUUGGCCAAAUGCUUGGUCAGAAUAUGACAGAGUUUCAUUCACAAAUUUCUAAGUCCCGUCAAGAACUGGAGCAGCAUUCAGUGGACACUGCCAGCACAUCAGAUGCAGUGACGUUCAUCACCUACGUGCAGUCCUUGAAACGUAAAAUCAAGCAGUUUGAAAAGCAAGUUGAGCUUUAUCGCAAUGGUCAGCGCUUGCUUGAGAAACAAAGGUUCCAGUUUCCAUCCUCUUGGCUGUACAUUGACAACAUUGAAGGAGAAUGGGGUGCCUUUAAUGACAUCAUGCGUAGAAAGGAUUCUGCCAUUCAACAACAAGUAGCAAAUUUGCAGAUGAAGAUAGUUCAAGAGGAUCGUGCAGUGGAGAGCCGAACAACUGACUUGCUAACAGACUGGGAGAAAACAAAGCCUGUAACAGGAAACCUGCGUCCAGAAGAGGCUCUUCAAGCUCUUACCAUUUACGAAGGAAAAUUCGGUAGGCUGAAGGAUGAUCGUGAGAAGUGUGCGAAGGCCAAGGAAGCUCUGGAACUAACAGAUACAGGACUACUCAGUGGCAGUGAAGAGCGCGUCCAGGUAGCCCUUGAAGAGUUGCAGGAUCUCAAAGGCGUCUGGUCUGAACUUUCUAAGGUCUGGGAACAGAUUGAUCAAAUGAAAGAACAACCCUGGGUUUCAGUACAGCCUCGCAAGCUUCGACAGAACUUGGACGGUCUGCUGAACCAACUGAAAAACUUCCCUGCCCGCUUGCGACAGUAUGCCUCUUAUGAGUAUGUUCAGAGACUUCUGAAGGGCUACAUGAAGAUAAACAUGUUAGUUAUUGAGCUGAAAUCCGAAGCCCUUAAAGAUCGUCACUGGAAACAGCUGAUGAAGAGGCUUCACGUUAACUGGGUUGUCUCAGAAUUGACCCUGGGUCAGAUCUGGGAUGUCGAUUUACAGAGAAAUGAAGCAAUCGUCAAAGAUGUACUGCUCGUGGCUCAGGGAGAGAUGGCUUUGGAAGAGUUCUUGAAACAGAUAAGAGAAGUGUGGAACACUUAUGAAUUGGACUUGGUCAAUUACCAGAACAAAUGCCGUUUGAUUCGUGGGUGGGAUGACCUUUUCAACAAAGUAAAAGAGCAUAUUAACAGCGUGUCCGCUAUGAAGCUAUCACCAUACUACAAGGUGUUUGAGGAAGAUGCCCUUAGCUGGGAAGAUAAGCUGAACCGUAUCAUGGCACUCUUUGAUGUCUGGAUAGAUGUCCAAAGGCGAUGGGUCUACCUGGAGGGAAUCUUUACUGGUAGUGCAGACAUCAAGCACUUGCUGCCUGUGGAGACCCAGCGGUUCCAGAGCAUCAGCACUGAAUUUUUGGCACUCAUGAAAAAGGUGUCCAAAUCUCCACUUGUGAUGGAUGUUCUUAACAUUCAAGGUGUACAGAGGUCAUUAGAGAGACUGGCAGACUUGCUUGGGAAGAUACAGAAGGCACUGGGAGAAUACUUGGAAAGGGAGAGGUCCUCACUUUAGUUGACUCUUGAAGUAAAGUUUUAUUUUGUUGGUGAUGAAGACUUGCUUGAAAUCAUUGGAAACAGCAAAAAUGUUGCUAAGCUGCAGAAACACUUCAAGAAGAUGUUUGCUGGCGUUUCUAGCAUUAUUCUCAAUGAAGAUAAUUCUGUGGUUCUUGGGAUAUCCUCACGCGAAGGAGAGGAGGUGCUGUUCAAAACACCUGUCUCCAUCACAGAACAUCCCAAGAUCAAUGAGUGGCUCACUCUUGUUGAAAAAGAAAUGAGAGUGACCCUUGCUAAAUUGCUUGCAGAAUCUGUUACUGAAGUAGAAAUCUUUGGAAAAGCAACUUCAAUUGAUCCAGCAGUCUACAUCUCUUGGAUUGACAAAUACCAGGCUCAGCUUGUCGUCCUGUCAGCCCAGAUUGCGUGGUCUGAGAAUGUCGAGUCAGCCCUCAGUGGUAUGGGUGGAGCUGGAGACAACAGUCCUCUCCACUCUGUGCUAGCUAAUGUUGAGGUCACACUCAAUGUCCUGGCAGACUCUGUGCUGAUGGAGCAGCCGCCUCUUCGGAGAAGGAAACUGGAGCACUUGAUCACCGAGUUGGUGCACCAGAGAGAUGUUACAAGAUCACUGAUCAAAAGCAAGAUCGACAACUCCAAAUCCUUUGAGUGGCUCAGCCAAAUGCGGUUCUACUUUGACCCAAAGCAGACGGAUGUGUUGCAGCAGCUUUCCAUUCAGAUGGCAAAUGCCAAAUUCAACUAUGGUUUUGAGUACCUUGGUGUUCAGGAUAAGCUAGUACAGACUCCUCUUACUGACCGCUGUUACCUGACGAUGACACAAGCCCUGGAGGCAAGACUUGGAGGAUCACCAUUUGGUCCUGCUGGUACUGGUAAAACGGAAUCUGUUAAGGCUCUUGGACAUCAGCUUGGCCGCUUUGUGUUGGUUUUCAACUGUGAUGAAACAUUUGACUUCCAGGCAAUGGGACGCAUCUUUGUGGGACUUUGCCAAGUGGGUGCAUGGGGCUGCUUUGAUGAGUUCAACAGACUGGAGGAGCGUAUGCUCUCUGCUGUUUCACAGCAAGUUCAGUGCAUCCAGGAAGCCUUGCGAGAGCAUUCCAACCCCAACUAUGACAAGACUGCAACACCUAUUACAUGUGAGCUGCUGAACAAACAAGUCAAAGUGAGCCCUGACAUGGCCAUCUUCAUCACCAUGAAUCCUGGCUAUGCAGGCAGAUCAAAUCUGCCUGACAAUUUGAAGAAGUUGUUCCGUAGCUUGGCAAUGACAAAACCAGACCGUCAGUUGAUUGCCCAGGUCAUGUUGUACUCCCAAGGUUUCCGUACAGCUGAAGUGCUUGCCAAUAAGAUAGUACCAUUCUUCAAGCUUUGUGAUGAACAGCUGUCCUCCCAAAGUCACUAUGAUUUUGGCUUGAGAGCACUGAAGAGUGUGCUGGUUAGUGCAGGUAAUGUGAAGAGGGAGAGGAUUCAGAAGAUAAAGCGGGAAAAAGAAGAGCGUGGUGAAGUUGUUGAUGAGGGAGAAAUCGCUGAGAACUUGCCAGAACAAGAGAUCCUGAUCCAAAGCGUAUGUGAAACUAUGGUACCAAAACUGGUUGCAGAAGACAUUCCAUUGCUGUUCAGUCUCCUUUCUGAUGUAUUCCCUGGAGUACAGUAUCAUCGUGGGGAGAUGACAGCCUUGCGAGAGGAGCUUAAGAAAGUGUGUCAGGAAAUGUACCUUACCUAUGGUGAUGGAGAAGAAGUUGGUGGCAUGUGGGUUGAAAAGGUUCUUCAGCUGUAUCAGAUUACACAGAUAAAUCAUGGAUUGAUGAUGGUUGGUCCCUCCGGAAGUGGAAAGAGCAUGGCUUGGAGAGUCCUUCUGAAAGCCCUCGAACGGCUGGAGGGUGUGGAAGGUGUUGCUCAUAUUAUAGAUCCUAAAGCAAUCAGCAAAGAUCACCUCUAUGGUACUUUGGAUCCAAACACCAGAGAAUGGACAGAUGGCUUGUUUACACAUGUCCUGAGAAAAAUCAUAGACAAUGUGAGAGGUGAACUACAAAAACGUCAGUGGAUUAUCUUUGAUGGUGAUGUAGACCCUGAAUGGGUUGAGAACUUGAACUCUGUUUUGGAUGACAACAAACUACUGACUCUGCCAAAUGGAGAACGUCUCAGCCUUCCACCAAAUGUACGUAUCAUGUUUGAGGUACAGGAUCUGAAAUACGCCACUUUGGCUACUGUGUCAAGGUGUGGUAUGGUCUGGUUCAGUGAGGAUGUUCUCAGUACAGACAUGAUAUUCAACAACUUCCUGGCCAGACUAAGAAACAUUCCUCUGGAUGAAGGUGAGGAGGAAGCUCAGCGAAGGCGAAAGGGCAAAGAAGACGAGGGAGAAGAAGCAGCAUCCCCAAUGUUACAGAUUCAGAGAGAUGCUGCAACAAUAAUGCAGCCAUAUUUCACGUCUAAUGGCCUGGUAACUAAAGCACUUGAACAUGCUUUCAAGUUGGAGCAUAUUAUGGAUCUCACCCGCUUGCGCUGUCUUGGUUCUCUGUUCUCCAUGUUGCAUCAAGCUUGCCGCAAUGUAGCCCAGUACAAUGCCAAUCAUCCAGACUUUCCAAUGCAGAUAGAUCAAUUAGAGCGUUACAUCCAGAGGUACCUGGUCUAUGCAAUACUCUGGUCCCUUUCUGGAGACAGUCGUUUGAAAAUGAGAGCAGAGCUGGGAGAAUACAUUAGGAGAAUCACCACUGUGCCACUGCCGACUGCACCCAACAUACCUAUAAUUGACUAUGAGGUGUCCAUUACAGGUGAAUGGGUGCCGUGGCAAUCCAAGGUUCCUCAAAUUGAAGUUGAGACUCACAAAGUUGCAGCUCCUGAUGUGGUUGUACCAACUCUAGAUACCGUUCGCCAUGAAGCAUUGCUGUAUACUUGGCUGGCAGAACACAAACCUCUUGUACUGUGUGGCCCACCAGGUUCUGGGAAGACCAUGACCCUCUUCAGUGCUCUCAGAGCUCUGCCUGACAUGGAGGUGGUUGGACUCAACUUUUCUAGUGCUACCACUCCAGAACUGCUCUUGAAAACUUUUGAUCACUACUGUGAGUACAGGCGUACACCUAAUGGAGUGGUGCUGGCUCCUGUGCAGUUAGGAAAGUGGCUGGUGCUGUUCUGUGAUGAAAUCAACUUGCCAGACAUGGAUAAGUAUGGCACACAGAGAGUCAUAUCCUUCAUUAGACAGAUGGUGGAACAUGGAGGGUUCUAUCGUACAUCAGACCAGACAUGGGUGAAACUGGAAAGAAUUCAGUUUGUUGGUGCAUGUAAUCCACCUACUGAUCCUGGAAGAAAACCUCUCUCACAUAGAUUUUUACGACAUGUUCCUGUGGUUUAUGUGGACUAUCCUGGACCAGCUUCGCUUACUCAGAUAUAUGGAACAUUCAAUCGUGCAAUGCUAAGGCUGAUCCCAUCACUUCGCACAUAUGCAGAACCUCUCACUGCUGCUAUGGUAGAAUUCUACACGAUGUCUCAGGAGAGGUUUACUCAAGACACACAGCCACACUACAUCUAUUCGCCUCGUGAAAUGACUCGAUGGGUGAGAGGUAUAUUCGAAGCAUUAAGACCACUAGAAACCUUACCAGUUGAAGGCCUUAUCAGGAUUUGGGCCCAUGAAGCCUUACGUCUUUUCCAAGACAGACUUGUAGAAGACGAGGAGAGACGCUGGACUGAUGAGAACAUUGAUAUGGUUGCUCUGAAGCACUUCCCCAAUAUUGACAAAGAAAAAGCUAUGAGCAGACCUAUCUUAUACAGCAACUGGCUGUCAAAGGAUUAUAUUCCAGUGGAUCAAGAAGAAUUAAGAGACUAUGUGAAAGCUAGGCUUAAAGUCUUUUAUGAAGAAGAACUUGAUGUACCACUUGUUCUGUUCAAUGAAGUCUUGGAUCAUGUGUUAAGAAUUGACCGAAUCUUCCGUCAGCCACAAGGUCAUUUGCUGCUUAUUGGAGUCAGUGGAGCAGGGAAAACAACUCUCUCGCGAUUUGUUGCCUGGAUGAACGGUUUGAGCGUCUACCAAAUUAAGGUUCACAGAAAAUACACAGGUGAAGAUUUUGAUGAAGAUCUUAGGACAGUAUUGAGACGUUCUGGCUGUAAAAAUGAAAAAAUAGCUUUUAUAAUGGAUGAGUCGAAUGUGUUGGAUUCUGGAUUCCUGGAGAGAAUGAACACUCUCCUAGCCAAUGGAGAGGUUCCUGGUCUCUUUGAAGGAGAUGAAUAUGCCACCCUCAUGACUCAGUGUAAAGAAGGAGCACAGAAAGAAGGUUUAAUGUUAGAUUCACAUGAAGAACUGUACAAAUGGUUCACCAGCCAAGUUAUUCGCAAUCUCCAUGUUGUGUUCACUAUGAAUCCAUCUUCUGAGGGCCUGAAGGACAGGGCAGCUACCUCUCCUGCGCUCUUCAACAGGUGUGUCUUGAACUGGUUUGGAGACUGGUCAACUGAGGCACUGUACCAAGUUGGCAAAGAGUUCACAAGCAAAAUGGAUCUUGAGAAACCAAAUUAUAUUGUGCCCGAUUAUAUGCCAGUUGUGUAUGAUAAGCUACCACAACCACCAUCACACAGGGAAGCUAUUGUUAAUAGUUGUGUGUUUGUUCAUCAGACUCUCCAUCAGGCUAAUGCUCGUCUGGCAAAACGAGGAGGCAGAACCAUGGCAAUCACACCACGCCACUAUUUAGACUUCAUCAACCAUUAUGCCAACUUGUUCAAUGAGAAACGAAGUGAAUUGGAGGAACAGCAAAUGCAUUUGAACGUUGGCCUUAGAAAAAUCAAGGAAACAGUUGAUCAGGUGGAAGAAUUGCGGCGUGACCUAAGAAUAAAGAGUCAGGAACUGGAAGUGAAGAAUGCAGCAGCCAAUGACAAGUUAAAAAAGAUGGUGAAGCAGGAAGCUGAGAAGAAAAAGGUCAUGAGCCAGGAGAUUCAGGAACAGCUGCACAAGCAGCAGGAGGUCAUUGCAGACAAGCAGAUGAGUGUGAAAGAAGAUCUUGACAAGGUGGAGCCUGCUGUCAUUGAAGCUCAGAAUGGUAUGUUAGCACCUGAAGAGAUCACACUGUGGGAUUUGAUCCAAAACUGCACUAUUUUGUCUGUGAAACUUCCUCCUAGGUCAUGA